AUGCAGGGCUUGCUGGGCCUCUGGCAGCGCACCCUGGGAACCUUGACCCUGGACCUCAAGAGACAGAUGGCACGUCGGCGUGGCAGCUCCCAGUUCAUCAUCCCACAGCAGCAGCCGGGCGCGGAGAUCACAUUCCCAGAGGUGGCCUUUGACGACAGCGGGGCGCGGUUGAAGGUCAUGCGCCACGUCCAGUUUGGCCCCGCCUUCUACCCCCUGACUCGGAAGGUGGGGGCCCCGGACGGCGCGCCGUCCCCCUGCUUCGACCUGGGCGUCGGCGCUCAGCUCGAAUUCGAUACGGCUGCUGUACAGGCCAAGGCCCGUAUCAAGUUCCAGGACUGGCUGUCCCUGAAGGCGCUGCCGGAGCCCGCCAUCAAGCUGCAAAAGCGCUUUGCGCUGGGCGAGUCCGGCGCCGGUGUGCGCGUGAGCUACGAGUGCCCGCUGCGCGCGCUGGGCACGGCCUGGCAGCCGCCGGCGCGCCUCCUGGUCUCCAUCGACAGCGCGGUGCCCUCCGGCCUGAGGCUGACACAGGGCGGCGUGGAGUUCGACCAGGCCCUGGCCCUGCCGGGGAACAGGGCGCUGAUCAGGGGGGCGGGCCGCCUGGGCCUUCCCAGCCGCCUGCCGCUGGAGGAGGGGGAGCCGUGGGUGGAGGCCGACGUGCGCCGGCUGGGCCUCAAGGCCGUCUGGUAG